CAACAAAAAAGUGGCAAAUAUGAGGACAGCAAGCUCUGCCUCUGUUCCCGGGCUUGUGUUCCUCCUUGGUUUUCUGCUUUUCUCUUCAUCGUCGUCAUCAUGCGAAGCCUCAGAUUCAGUCUAUGACACCUUUAUUCAGUGCCUAGCCAGCCAUUCAGAUCCAUCUCCACCGGCUUCAUCAAUAGUUUAUAAUCAAUCCAAUUCUUCCUACACAACAGUCCUUCAAUCUUAUAUCAGAAACCGAAGGUUCAACACAUCUUCCACGCCCAAACCCCUCAUCAUUGUGACCCCCUUGGUUGAAUCCCAUGUCCAGGCUGCCAUUCUUUGCUCCAAAAACGUCGGCAUGGAGAUGAAAAUCCGCAGCGGCGGCCACGACUAUGAUGGGCUUUCGUAUAUCUCGGAUAUCCCCUUUUUCAUCCUCGACUUGUUCAAUCUCCGGGCCAUCGACGUUAACAUAGGCGAUGAGACUGCUUGGGUGCAGCCAGGUGCCACUCUUGGAGAGCUUUAUUAUAGAAUUUGGGAGAAGAGCAAACUACAUGGAUUUCCAGCUGGGGUUUGCCCAACUGUGGGUGCUGGAGGCCACAUAAGUGGGGGAGGGUAUGGCAAUAUGUUGCGAAAAUAUGGACUGUCCAUUGAUCAGCUUGUGGACGCCAAAAUUGUGGAUGUGAAUGGCAGAAUUCUGGAUAGGAAGGCCAUGGGAGAGGACCUCUUCUGGGCCAUUAGAGGAGGUGGUGGAUCCAGCUUUGGGGUCAUACUUGCAUACAAAAUCAAGCUCGUUGCUGUCCCCGAGACUGUCACAGUUUUCAGGGUAGAGAGGACUUUGGACCAAAAUGCCACCGACCUUGUGUACAAAUGGCAACUCGUUGCCGAUAAGAUCGACAAUGAUCUGUUCAUUAGGGUUCUCCUGCAACCCGUGACCGUGAAUAAGAAAAGAACUAUCAGAGCAUCGUUUGUUUCGCUGUUUCUCGGGGACGCUGCUCGGCUCUUGUCUGUCAUGGACAAGGAUUUUCCUGCACUGGGGCUGAAGAAAGAGGACUGCAUGGAAAUGAGCUGGAUUGAGUCAGUUCUGUACUGGGGUAAUUUCGAUAAUGGAACAUCAGCUGAUGCUCUGCUGAGCAGGACUCCGGAUUCAGUGAACUUCUUGAAGAGGAAGUCGGAUUAUGUGCAGACACCAAUCUCCAAGGAUGGACUGGAAUGGAUGUGGAAGAAGAUGAUUGCGAUAGGCAAAACAGGGCUGGUGUUCAACCCAUAUGGAGGGCGAAUGAGCGAAAUUCCCAGCUCAGAAACGGCCUUCCCCCACAGAGCUGGGAACAUAUACAAGAUCCAGUACUCAGUGAACUGGAGCGAAGAAGGUGAAGAAGCAGACAAAGAGUACAUGACCCAGAUAAGAAGGCUCUACAGUUACAUGACCCCAUUCGUCUCCAAGUCCCCAAGAGGUUCAUUUCUCAAUUACAGAGACGUUGACAUUGGGGUCACUAAGACCUGGUCCUACGAUGAAGGCAAAGUUUACGGUGCCAAGUACUUCAUGAACAAUUUUGAUAGAUUGGUGAAGGUGAAGACUGCAGUGGAUCCUACUAAUUUUUUCAGGAAUGAGCAGAGCAUCCCACCUCUCAAAUAGAGAUAUAAUCCAGCCUCAGUCUCAGACUCUCAGUAUGCUUAAUUUGACUAGAGAAAUAAUACUAUAGUUCAUUACCCAUAUAUAGAUUUAUGGAAAAAUAAAUAAAAAAAUCAAAGGUUAGAAACGGUGGGUAGGUGUUAAUUCUUUCCCAUAUUGUAUCAUCCCCUAUUGGAUCUUGGGAACAAGGAAAUGGGAUGUCACAUAUGGUGAACAAUUGUUUUAAGCUCAAUUAUUAUUUUAGUCAAUGGAAAGGAUGAUAUUACGAUGUCAAAGCAAUAAAAGUCAAUCAGCUUCACCUAA